UUUAAACACAGCAGAAUGAGGCGUAGUAGAAUUCCGCAGGUCAGCUGUUCGCUGACGUGCUGCUCUUAAACUCUUAAAGAAUUGUUUUUAUUUUAUUAGGAUUUUAUUAAAAUAUGACAGUGAACAACAUGGCAGAUCCAAGACGACCGAAUAAGAUUUUCCGCUACAAGCCACCUAACACAGAAACCAACCCCACAUUGGAGGAUCCUACACCUGAUUACAUGAACCUGCUCGGCAUGAUCUUCAGUAUGUGUGGCCUGAUGCUCAAGCUUAAAUGGUGUGCGUGGAUUGCAGUGUAUUGCUCGUUCAUCAGUUUUGCCAAUUCGCGAAGCUCAGAGGACACCAAACAAAUGAUGAGCAGCUUCAUGCUCUCCAUAUCGGCCGUCGUGAUGUCGUAUUUGCAGAACCCACAGCCCAUGUCGCCACCGUGGUAACAAAUAAUCCAAACCCAAUAAGCCAUCUCAGCAGGGACGGCAUGAGAACCAGCUGAUCCACCCACUGUUCGUCUGGAGCGCAGGAACAUACACUCAUCAGCCCAGCUGGCCAAUCAGAGGCUGACAAAUUGACCGAUGUAGUUCCUGUUAGACUGUUUCAAGUUUUCCCUGUGCUCAUCAGUUGUUUUUAUGUGUGUGACCACACUGUGGUACAAUAUUCAAAUGCUGUGAAAGAUUUUAAGAAAUAAAUGAGUGAUUUUCUGCGCUA